GCGGGCACUGAACAGAUGCUAAAAUUGAGGCGUUUAGGUGUGUGUUUGUACAGUGCGCCUCAGCAAUCGGCAACAACAAAACGAAAAUAAUAGUCAAUAGGCAAAAAAAGUGUGUUUAUUUACUCAUUGGAUCCGAUACCGGAGACUUGCAGUACCAGCGCCACAGCAAAGUCCAUAAAACCAAAGAACAUCGAUACCAAAAAGUCAAUAGGCGAGAGCGGAAAUAGGGAAGCGUCCACUGGAAUGCGUUGCUAACAACCGCUUUGUCCGGCAGUCAUGGAGUCCAUAGUGCUGCACUCUGAUGUUGCACGUCUGGUUUUGGGCUACUUGGUGAAUCAGAAUCUGACGAGAGCCGCUAACACACUGUGCCGCACUUCGCCCCACCUGCGCCACGAGUUUCUGGCCCUUAAACAGGGUCUUCAGACGCACAAUUUCCUCAAUGGCGGCCUCGAGGACAUCAUCUGCGAGCAUGUCAAGAUCACCGGAUUGGUGGCCAAUGCACUACAGAAGCUUCCCCUGGAAGCACGUCUCAAUCUGCAGCAGCUGAAAUUGUCGGAGCGGGUCAACGAACUGAUUACCUCGUCGGAACGGAGCACCCACAGCACCACCAACAAUGAGAGCAGCACUACAGGAGAGCCCAGCAAUUCGCAUUCUCAUAGGAAACGAAUGCACCGACACACUCAAUCCCCGUUGGACACCUUAUCCUCGCCUUCCCUUAGCAAGCGCCCCCGUUUGCUGCCACCGCAUUUUUAUUGCAGCGUCAACCGCGAAAAGCCAAAGCUAAGUUUCCUGGCCAAUAAGGACGACCAAGAGGGGGACGAGGAGGAGGAUGAAGGCAGCAGCACCACGGCGACUGAGGAUCUGGAAGAGGAGUUGGCAAGCGUUGACGGACCUGGCCCGCGAAACAAUUCCACGCCUCGCCAAGUCAACGCAGCGGCCAAUCCACUUGUGUUCACACCGCAAACUAUGCCGGAGCUGGCUAGUGCGAUUAUCAAGGAUCAAAAAUUCAAAGAGACUCUGGUAAAUAACAUCAACAUAGCGCUACAGUCGGUGACGGUCACCAAUCCCACCGUGAGCUGCGAAGCGGUGUUGGAUGGUCUUGUGAAAAACAUUUUGGAGGCCACGGAAAGGGAUCCGUCCUUCGAUCGUAUUAUUCAGGAGGUGGUUUCGGGAGAUGAUCCCUUGGAACUAGCGGAGGCGUCUCAGGCACCACCCGUUUUAAAUCCGGCUCCGACAGUGGUUCCGGUAGGAGCACAGGCACCUAUGGAGGCCAUUACAGUUCCAGACCAAGCGGAGAUACGCGAACCCGUGCCGCCACAAACACCUCUCAUAAUCCGCACAGCUGUUACUGCGGCCACAACUGGCACCAAUGCCGAUCCCAACUUCUCUAUCUCAAAGCUGAUUGUGGUAAACGCCAACGAGAGUGUUCAGAAGAUGCCUGGCGGGGAGUCAGGCAACUUGAGCUUCACCAGUGACGGGUUGAACCUUAACUUUGGUGAUCCCACGGCCAUGCUGUCGGAUGCGGAUGCUGCUCAGGUGUGCGUGGAUGCCACAACAGGGCAACUGACGUUUCCCAUGUACCUCUCCAAUGGGGGCCUGCUCUCGCACUUCCCCUUUCUAGUGAACAACGAGUGGGUGGCCCAGCAACUCGGACCCGAUGCCUUUGCCAACGUGGAGGACUCUCACAUCGAAAUCUCGUUGCCGGAGCCCAUUACCCUGUCGGCCAAUCAGCUGCCGCCAAACUCCAUCAUCAUCAACAGUGCCCAAAAGCAACCACCUCAGCCUCCGCCAUCGGAGCCCCCGGCACAGCUGAUAGCCGAGGAGAACAUAGCCCAGAAAAAGGAGGAAAAAAAUGAGAAGGAGCAAGAGCACCAGAGGACAAUGCCACAGGAGGAACAGCUCAAGCUCCCGCCUGCCUCGCUGGACUCUUCGCGGCAAGUUAUGGAGCGCGUUACACCCUCCACGGCGGGAAUCAUCAAUGUGAAGGCUUUCCGCAGCCUUUCCACUCCGCGGAAGCGAACCUCCCAUGUCCGUACUCUCACCUUCUCCCCCAAAGUGGGCGGUCCAUUGGGUGGUGCCCUCCAUCCCACAACACCGCUCUCCACCCGGCGUACCGGAUUGCUGGCAAAAGCGAAAGAGAAACCUGUCAUAAAGCAAGUGGAGAUUAUUCAGACCCCCACUGAAGUCAGCGCGUACGAGUCCACGGAAGGUGUACCUCCCCUCUUCGCCAUGGACAUGGAGUGCAGCAAUCAGACGGUGAUCCGAGCCCAUCCGCCCGCGGCUCCUUUGGUGGCAACUCCCAAGAGAAAACAGAAACGCCAGGCGGCGGUAAAGGCCUGCAAGCGGAUUAUAUCGCAGGCGGAAACGGAGGCCAAGCCAAUGAAUAAAGACAACGACAAGGACAACGAGAAGGGGAAGGGGAAGGAAAAGAAUAAGGAGGAGAAAAAGCCUAAACCCAAGGAAAGUGCGGAAAACUCCACAGCCCACGACGACAGUACAGAGGCGAGCAAGGAGAACGUCCACGAGGAAAAGGAAAAGAAGCUGUCUACCGAAUCGGAGGCAGGAGCUGCAGAGGGAGCUGCAACCACAGAGGCCGACGAUCUUAUGGCCGCCUGGAAGCGGCAGAUGCACGGCUCCCAGAACGAUCUGGAGAAUCGGCUGCGGGAGAUCAACUCCAAGCGGGAGGAGGCCGUCAAAACUGUAGUUCGCGUGCGGCGGCCCAAGAAGAAGGAGACCCCCACCACAGGAAGGACCAAGAAGGCCAGCAUCCUUGCCACUCAGCAGACCAAAAAGUCGCCGCCAAAUCGCAAGGGGACCCAGCGUAGUGGCGGUGAACCUGUGGAGAAGAUUAGCAUUAAGAUAACCACACCCCAGAAACCAAAAGCGGUCAGAAAGAAGAAGGACUCCGUCAAUAAGGAGCCACCAAAUGAGGAGCCACCGCCCAGUGAACCAAUAGAUUUAGGGCUUCCGAAAGAGCAGGAGAAGCUCCUAGCUCCUCCCAACAUGGCCAUGCUGCUUGACACGCCUUUCAAGGCAUCGCCUCGAGGAGACGCGGCCGAGGGACAGCCAGGAGACCCUGCGGGACAAGGCGGUGUGUCCGGUGGUUCUGGGGAAGGAGAACCCGCCAUUCCACCCACUCCGGGCACUGCGAUUCUUCCGUUGGAUACCCCAUACGGCAAGAUUCCGACCAGUUCGUUCCUCUUUGGGUCGGACACAAAAAGUAUAAUGAACACGCCCCAGCUGAGCGCAAUUACGCCGGGAUUCCGAUGCACACCCUUCGGCCAGAUGCCGGGCACUCCACUGGGCAGCGCUGCUAAGACGGAGUACUCCUCCGGCAGCUCCUAUUACCGGCCGGACGAGGCGGAGCACACGGAUGCGAAUGCGCAGUGCGCCAUCCAGCAAUGGGAGGAAAUGAAGGAGAAGCAGGCUGAGGAGGAGACGGAAGGAAGUGAUCUCAAGAACAGCAAAGAAGAGCCGCCGGCUAAGGAUGCAAAGGAGCAGCCGAGCCAACUGGAUCCGGAGCCACCAGUCGUCCUAGCUGUGGAACCCACAGUACUACGUCGGGUGCGUUCCUUUGGUUGCGAGGCAGUGGACAGUGUCGAGUCCGCCACGGCCGGCUCGUAUCCGUCGGAUCAGCAGCAGCAGCCGCACUACAAGCUUCUGCGCGGACUGCCCGAAGCAAUAAUAGAAGGCUCCAGCAACUCCAGCUCCUCGGCGACCAGCACCUCCUCCUCGUCCAGCUCGAGUUCCAGCUCCAGCAGCAGCUCCUCCUCAAGCUCCACGUCGUCACAAUCUUCUCACGGCGAAAAGGAGGAAGGCGAACUGGGGUCGGCAGACGCGGAGAAGAAAGAGGAGAAGGUGGAGUCCAAGGAGAGCGAGGUUCUGCUCAACCUGGACAAUCUUUCCAACAUUAGCAGCACCGAGGACGAGGAGUGGCUCAAAACGGCGGGUGUUGGGUCGGGCUCGCAGAGCGCCGUGCUUCCAGGGCUCUCGAUCGAUAGCCAGCCGGGUCAGUUGCUGAGUCAGGACGGUGAAGUGCGCUAUCCGAUAAGGAACUGGCUGACUCCCAGCAAGGAAUCCCAGCAAGCACAGGAGGCGACAAAAACCAUCGGGGAGCUACUUGCACGAUUCGGAGAUAAAGAUCCGCCACCGCCUCCCCCAGUUGCGGAACUUCCACCACCUCCACCACCAGCCGCGGAAUUUACACAACCUCCUCCACCACCAUUACCGCCAGUAUCAGUAUCAGAAUCAGUUCCACCUCCGCCUCCCGAGGAACAGACUACCCCGGUUCCUGGACCCUCCCAAAACAUCAAGGAGCAGCGGCAGCAGCUGGACGAAAAGCGCCAGAGAGUAAUGGCCAAGGUCAAGGAGAAGGAGAAAUCGCAGCCAGCCAAGGUGCAGGGCAAGAAGACCGCAGCCAGUAAGAAGCUAACGGCCAUCCGGGAGUCCGCCAAACUGGCAAAUCCCAGCAGCCAAAAGUCGCCUAAGAAAUGCGAACACCUGGAGGCCAACAAGAACAAGGCAGCCAAGCACGAAGAUCCCCCAAAGAAGGCCCAGGCACUCGACAGCUCGUCUCCUCAAAAAUUAAUAAAGGUAACCGAGGCAGAAGAAAAAGAAAAGGAGGAAGAGGUGGCUGAGCCGGAGACGACGCCUUCCAGCGCUUUGGAUCCGGCUCUGUUGAUGGCCCUGAAUCUGUCAGUCAAGAAACAGGAGCCUCCACCAGCUAGCACUAUAACCAAACCAAAGGUGGCCCGAGCUGCAGUGGAGAUAGCUGCUCAGCCAGCGCCGGGAAAACGAGGUCGCCCCAAGAGGUGUCAGAACGGAGAGCCGCCAAAGAUAUCCAUGCGCAGAUCCUCUCGGCUGGUGGAUCACAAACCUGCAUCCCCCGACGAGCCAGGUGGCAAGGCAACUUCCCAGGAGACACAAAAGACAUCGAAGGCCCAAGCCAAGGCCACCACGAAAAAGCCGGCCAAGAAGAAGGUAGAGACGAGACCGCCCUCCACGACUCCCAUGGGCUCCAGGCUGCCCCUGGUGGCCGAGGCUCAAACCACGCGGGAUUCCCCGGACAACCAGCAGCCGCCGCCCGUUCUCCAGGGAAUUCCAGAGCAGCCGGACGAACCGCCAAACGAUUCGGCGUCCGACCCAAACGAUAGCGACUACGAAUUGGACUUGUGCAUGAGCAAAGACCAGGAGCGUCACCAUUUUAGCAUCAUCUACGAGGACAACGGCUCCAAGCCGGUUAACAGUGUGGCGCGCCAACCGGCUAACUUCUUCAAGAACUACCAGAUGCGCCUAAUGACAGAGGACGACCAGCUCCACACCAUGAGCAUAGGCAGUCUGAAUCACGUGUUUGUGGGCAAGCCGUUGGUGGUCAUCCGGAAUAUCCCCAAGAAACGGAUACGCCGGCUGACCAGCAACAGUGGAGGCGUUGCUACACCAGCAGCCCCCUCGAAUCAGCCGACGGCCACAUCCACCCCACUAGCCGAGAAGCUAGAUGCGAGGUGCGUCUCUUUACCGCAGGACGAAAACGAUCUGGAGGUCGCCAAUAUAAACACAAAUCUCAGCGGAGGCGAAAAAUCCGAGGACCUGCAGGACAAGGAUAAGAACCAGUCCAGCCACAGUGUGGAGAUAGAGGACAUUGAGUCGAUACUGUCACAUCUCCAUGGAACCUGAUAGGAUAAUCCGACACGGAUCUAUACCAUCCCCUCCUCGCCAUCAUACCAUCAUCGGAGUAGCCCACAUCCCUCUCAGCUUUAUAAGCUCAUCUAGUUAAGUGUUUUUUUUUUGGAAAACUAGUUUCAAAAUGAAUUAUUCACCGUCGCAUAAUUGUAUAAUUGCAAUCUAGGAUCGUAUAGAAUUGAUUUCGUUAAUUAUUAAGACGCACUUGAUCCAUGCCGAUCGAUUACCUAAUUUUAAUUUAUUUAUUUUCGUCGUAAGUGGACUAGGAGCAGGAGACCCUCCAGCUGCUCCAUCAAAACUACUAAAACAUUCACACAUUGCGUGGAGGUUAAGCAGGAAGGAUCUCUCAUUAGGAUUCGUUCAUCCCCCCCCACAAUAUAUAUAUAUACCUGAAUAUAUAGAGCGCUGUACAAUGAUAGCCAAGUUGAUUAGGUUGUUAAGGCCGCAGAACAAAAUUGAUGUUUCUUCAUUAUUUUUUUUCUUACCUAUAAACUGAAUCUAAGGAAUAACCAAA